AUGAGGUGCCGGCUGAUCGUGUACCCUCCUGCGGCUCAGGAUCAGCACAGCUUGGUCACAUAUGCCCAACAACUAUGGAACAAUUGGGAGAUCCAAUUCUUGGUGGUGGUGAGCUUCUCGCUCCAGGUGUUCCUCCUCUUCUCCGCUAUCUUCUGGAAGUGCCACUGCUCCAGCGUGCUCAACGUGCUGCUCUGGCUCGCUUACUUGUCAGCAGACUCCGUGGCGGUCUUCAUCCUCGGUCGUCUCACGCUCCUAGUGGGUGAUGACACGCAACACCAGUCGCUGGUUCUCUUCUGGGCGCCCUUCCUUCUACUCCACCUCGGUGGCCAGGACACCAUCACGGCCUUCUCCAUGGAGGACUGUGCCUUGUGGAAGAGGCACCUUCUGAACCUUGCCACCCAAUUGUCAAUGGCCGUCUAUGCCAUAGGCAAGCAAUGGCGAGGAGGCAACAAGCAGCUCGUGGCUUCCACUGUGCUAAUGUUCAUAUCUAGGACAACCAAAUAUGCUGAGAGAAUAUUGGCACUCAGGAGAGUCCAAUCAAGAGCGCUGGAAACCAUUUCUAUGGAGUUUCAUGUCUCCAGCGCUGAUAUUCAGUUUAGUACUUACUCAAGACCUUAUUACGAAGAACUUGGUUCAAUCAUUUCACACAAGCAAGAGAAGAACUUUGAGCGUGUCAUGGACGCAGCCACCCAGGGCUUCAGGCUAAGUUUGUAUUUCUUGAUGGACUUAACACCUCCAAGACCUAGCUUCCGGUAUAAUCUGGGAAAAGAUUUGAGUGAUCAGACAUUAGGCAAUAUAGGCGACAUAGCGUACAAGCUGGCAGAGAUCCAUCUCUCAUUAAUCUAUGACUACCUGUAUACCAAGUUUGGAAGCCUGACGGGUGUGUUCUGCCGCCUCAUCACCCUCACCCUAACUUGCACGGCUCUAGCUAUGUUUGUUGCAUCGAUGGAAGCGGAUCACAAGCUUGGAGGAUUACUCAGUUACCAUAAUAUUAAUGGAGCUGACAUAACCAUAUCUUACAUAUUGCUUGUGGGCGCUAUCACAUUGGAGAUAUCAUCAUUGUUCAUAUGGCUCAUCUCAUCUUAUUCCCCUUACAACAUCGUCAGGCAUCUCCGUCCAGAAGGCAGAGUGGAGUGGUCAAGGAAGCUACAGCAGUUUAACAUGGUGGACUGGUGCUUCCGGGAGAAACAAGCUGGGUGGCUAGAGAGGACAAUGCGUUGUGUGGGCAUCGAGCGAGCCUGCACCAGCCCUGUUCAUGUCUCAGCCGACCUAAAGAAGGUGCUCCUUGACAAAAUGCUCCAUGUAUGGACCACUUCAACUAGCGCAGACGACAUGGACCUGGCCAGGUUCCAUGGCCGGUGGGCUCAACGCUGGGUGCUGAUCGGAUUUGACAGACUACAGCGUCAUCAAGCAAAAGCGCAGCACAAUAUUGUGGCUGAUGAUGAUGAUCAUCAGCAGGACACUAUUGUGGCUCCAUCUUCUGAAAUAAUAACCGAUGAAGAUGAGCAACAUCGGGCUGCCCCAUCCUCUGAAUUUGAUGUAGCUAAACGAGCACUUGAGAUCAGUGACAUCCAAGCUCUGGAUUUCGAGUCAAGUGCCUUUCUUUGGCACCUGGUGACUGACAUAUGCCUAGUGGCCGACGCCGACGCAGACAGUGAAUUCAAGACCUCUAGCCAGGAACUGUCAAAUUACGUCCUCUACCUUGUCAUCAAGUGCAAGGCUAUGCUAAGCAGAAAUGGGCGCCAAGCUCUUGGUUAUAACCGACAACAAAUGAUGUUGUUCCUUUGGUACGAGAGCGUUGAUAGGAAGGGAUUCAUUCAGAAACUCCAUUCUAUCCAGUGCGUUGGCUCGCCGUCCAAUGUGUUUGUUCAGGCUCACCGCGUCUCCUUGGAGUUACUCAAGAUGGAGACAGCAGCUCACCGAUGGGAGCUAAUCGCCACGGUUUGGGUGGAGAUGCUUUGCUACAUUGCGCACAAUUGUGGGGCCGGGUUCCACGCUAAGCAACUAUCCAUUGGUGGGGAGUUUGUCACUCAUGUCAAGAUCCUCCUCUUUAUUCUUAGUUUUCCUUUCUAAACAUAAAUAGUUUGU